UUAGCCCAAAUCGAGCCACGCCUUUGAAAUAAUUCAUGACUCGCCUGAGUCAAAAUUAAGUUAUUCACGGGAAGGAAAAUUUUCCUCCACACUGUAACGAGAGAGAGGACUUCAUUCAGUUCAAACGGGAUUAUUAGAGGUACAUGUUUACAAAGAUUCGCCGAAGAUUUCGUCGGCUCUAUGCAUGUCAAUGGCUCUCCGGGAUAAUAUUCUUUCUCGUUUUUGCUCUGGUCGUUCGACACAAAAGACAGCAGUCGGUGCAAUUUUCAAGGACUUCAACAUCGAAAUACUGGCAAGCGACGAGAAACACAGCAUCUAGUAAAAGCGCAUACAUUGAUGGCCGAGUUAGGGACUGGGGAGGAGUUAAACCGACUCUCAUAGAAAAUGAUGUCAGAUUCCAUAUCGUUGAAAAGAUGGAAGAUGCACGUUUAGAUAUCAACGUGAAGAGAGGCGAAAUUGCUAAAAUCAGUGACGUCAAUUCCAGAAUUUACAGAGGACAUGUUAAUGUUCACCUCUGGAGAGGGCUGUGCUGUCCCAAAGUAAAUAGCUUAAGACAGUACCCUUUAUUUCCGUGUCUACCACAUGAACGCUUUUUACGUCACACCAUCAACUCUGGUCCGUUGGGGACCUGGUACGGACAAAGAAUUAUGGGAUUCGUGCAUCCUCCUAUCACUGGAAAUUUCACUUUUCACUUAAAUGCACAUGUUUUCGCUGAACUAUGGCUUGGCAAGGAACGGAACGCGAUGGAUGUUGAAUUGGUUGCAAAAAUUGCGAUAGAAAACACAAAACACUCCUCAGCCACGCCUGUUAGCCACACAUCGCGGAAAAUAUAUCUCGAAAAAGAAGGGAAAUAUUUCUUUGAUGUACUUCAUGUGAUGAAUGGAGGAAUGAUGAGUCGCGAUCACGUGAAUGUCACGUGGUUGGUUCCGGGAAGUCAGGCUUUUACCAAAAUUUCUUCCGAGUUUCUCACACCUCUAUUGCAGGACGAGUCCUCUUUUCUUAAUCAUGAAGCGUUCUUAGAACGUAAUGAUUUGUUACGAGCACCUUCCAGCGUCAUCGACUCGGAAAUGAAUGAUGUUGACUCUGGGGAAGGCGACGAGGAUUACGAAGGAAUAGAAAUACCCGGAAAACACAACAAACCUUCAAACCAAUUUUCAUCCUAUUUUGGAGAGGAUUUUAACAUCGAAAAUCAGUACGACUUGUUGACCUUUGAUCAACUUCCAGAUGUAUCUCAGGAAAUAUUAUAUGUUUUUCCGAGCUGCACUUACGAACCAACAUAUGCCAAGAAAAGAACAUUCAAACGUUUUGAAGGAAUUUGGCAAACACAUUUUAGCUCUGUGUUUCCAGAUGACGGCACGAAAGAAUUCAUAUGCAUCGAAAACAGACUGAAAAGAGAUUGUGAUGGAAACAGUUUUAUUACUGAAGAUGAAAUACUAGAAAUUAUUCGGACGUUUACAAAGACCAUUGAAGAAAAAUAUCCCAAGAAAUACAAUUUAAAGGCCAUCGUCAACGUCGAAAAAACCCAAGACACCUUGCGUGGAAAUCGAUAUCUACUCGAGCUCAUUUUUCGAGAAAGGGCUCGGAACACGAUCGUAAAGCUAUCGGAGUUUGUGUACAAAUUCAACAACAGUUCCAGACUUUGUAAGCCAGCGGGAAUUACUUGGAAUAGGAACGUGACAAUAAAUGUAAUUCUGACCGUGAAGAACCAAGGAAACUGGGCCCAACACUUUAUCCACGAGAUGUCCCGGAUUACGAAAGAGACGCGUGAAGAUCACGUGAACAUAAUUGUGGUAGACUAUGAAAACAAGGAUAUUGAUAUAGAGGAGUCUUUAAGGCAAAGUUCUUUGACGAACUACAGAGUCCUGAAGCGUAGCGGGGCGUUCCACAAAACAGAAGCUAUUCAGUCAGCAGACAGUACCAUUACAGAUCCACAUAGUAUUGUGUUGUUGUUCGAUCUUCAUCUUCGGACACCGACCAGUUUCUUUAGCGCCAUCAGAAAGCAUACAGUAGAGGGAAGGAUGGCGUUCACCCCAGUCCUCUUCAGGUUAACCUUCUGUGGUAGACCGCUGACAAAGACGACCCAAUCCAAAGGCUACUGGGAAACAUUUGGAUUCGGAAUAUUCAGUAUCUUCAAGUCGGAUUGGGACAGGUUUGGAGGGAUGAACGUCCGGGACUUCCGAGACAAAUGGGGCGGGGAAGAUUGGGAAAUGAUUGACAGAGUAUUGGCUUUGGGUCUAGAAGUCGAGCGACUGCGCAUGCCCGGGUUCUAUCACUUCUAUCACUCGAGAGAUAGAAUGUGGGACAAAAGCUAAAAAGUGAAAUAAAUUCCAUUUUAUGUUUGUGCGUUCAGGCAAAUGAGAAAAAAUGUAACGUUUCUUGCUUUGCUAUAAAGAUUUAGUGUCACUUUCAACACUGAUUCAUCGUGAUAAAAUUGAACGUGAAUUUUCUCUAAGGAAGGAGAAUAGCAAAUCCUCUUCCCUUUUGUAAUUAUAAUGUCGACCAAUGAUAUUCAUGGAAAAAUGCUCAAUGCUUAAUAACAAGAUAACUCAACCGCAGUAUAUUUUUAACAGAGCACGGCUUCAAUUGAAACAACAUCACCAAGAUAUUAUAAAUAAUCUGUUUUUACCUCUGUGCUACUGUAUUCUUCUAUGCUUGUCAGCAGAAUGGAAAAUUUAUCAUGAUAAGAUCUUUUGUGAUGAACUGCAGGCGUUCAAAAUAUUGUGCUGGAAAGUUUGCGGCUACACGAAUUAUAACUUAUUAUGGUGGGAAAGUGCUAUGACAACAAACUGGCAGCAAGAGAAGGCUGUUCAUUAAAAAAAACCUCAGAUACGAACUUCUUUUAAUGACCUUGUGGUUUUAAAAUUUCUAAGAAAAGUUGACAGUUAGUUUCGCUCUGUGGAAAAUUCUCGUUAUUUAGGCGAACAUAUUCGAAAUUUCCAUUUAUCCCAAGUGAAAGCGUUUGAACCUAUUGUAAAGUAAUGAGAAAUCCCUCAAAUUUACAUUUUGAAUUAAGCAAAUUUAAAUUUUCGAAAAUCUAAGUAAUAAACUGUGACAAUCAUAAAGCAAUACUUCUGACUAAUAUAACACUUCCGUACGCGAUUUCCUGAAAUUUAAAACAACCUCUGACGAAUAGUCGAUUGAUUAGUUAAGAUUUAAGACAUACACGAACUGUCUAUUUCAGUGUGAAUCUUAUGUCUUUUGCCCCCCGCGGGUCGAAUUAAUUGGUAUGUACGAUCUGAAGUCCAAAUUUGAAACAGAAAUACCUGGUUGGUGUUAAAAAAAAAAUACGUAUUCUUUUUGCUUGUCAACUUCUUGCGCCUUCGGCAAAGUCCUCUUCUUUGUUUUCAAGUGAUUAUGAUAAUUUUCAUUUGUGUUAUUCAAUGGCAGAGA